AAAAGUAUCUUUCUUCUGGCUGAAAGGAAUCACAAGUCUGUAUGAGAUGUCCCUAACGUGUCAUAAACGUAGAAAUAUUAAUCUUUUUUUCAUAGGUAUCCAAAAUCCCUCCUGUUUACGAACGCCCAACGGCCAGCAACAUUUCAUUUGAGAAAGGAGGCGUAUUUAACGUAUGUGUCCUCUUGGUGUUACUCCAAGACCCUGUUGACAAACCCAAGCUGCUAAUAAAAUUUUAAGGAAAUCAAAUUCUAGGUUUCAAAGUCAUGCAAUCGUCAGCCGCGUCUGUCAUUUGCUUCUCGUGGCGUGAGAUCGUGGCCGCUCAAGGAAGAAGAAUCUUCAAACAUCGAUACAGUACCUUUGCUGACCCCAACCAUGGAGACGGAGUUGUUAAACGAGCCAUGGGUAUUCCAGUCAAAGACGAGUGUGACAAAAGAAGAGAAAGCAACAUCCUCCAUGUGGGAGGAGAACUUUCAGGAUUUAAGCAGUUACAUGGAUCCGUUCCAGGGUCAAUGCGAUUUUCAUACAGGUGAAUCACCUACGUUUAAACUAUCAGGUACGAAAUAUGAGGGUAACAGCGUUUUGUCUUCAGAAGAGGGGGUAUUGAAAGAUUUCAUAAGUGUAGACGAAGAAAAAUGGAGCGUGAAAAUGAACAACGUUGGGACAACCGAGGAUUUGAACAACAGCUGUCGCAGCUUGCAAUCUAUGUCAAAUGUACCUAUCAAAUAUGAAAAAACAGAUAGUCCAGCAGAAUCAAACACAUCCAACUUGUGGUUAAAAAUAUCAGAAGGAUCAACAACUACUGUAAAUACAAGUAAACAGAAUAACACAGACGUUAGUACACCAUUCCAACCGAGAUAUCAGAUAGAGAAGAUUUACUUGAGCGAUGCUUGCCCGACUUCGUACGAUUCCACAGAGAAUCAACGUGAGACGUGGGAUGUGUUACGAACAGUCGAAACCACUGGAUCGGAUACGUUCGAUUUGUUGUCGUACCUUUGCGAUGAUGAAAUGCAUUCUCCGAAAGGUAGCGUUUCAACAGAUUCUUCGGUAUUAUCGAAACCAUGGUUGCCUUCCAAAACUUCCACAACGAUUCUACAAGCUAGUAUGAAAGUGAAAACGGAGAAAAAUGAGACUGUCGUCCCAGAGUGCACAAAAAAUCGAACAGCAGCUGAAUCAACAAUAACUUCGUCUUCUAUGGAGACUCCAGUAGUAGGAGCAGAACGAACGAGGAGAACAGAACGAACGAGGAUAUCGGUGAACAGCAAAAUAGAGAAACCUUACAGCCGAGCCCGACGGGUGAAAGCAGUUCGAAAACGUUACACAGAAUCCGAUUCGGACGAUCGAACAUUCGCUUCGCAUUAUCGAGAAUCUAGGGAGAAGAACAACGAAGCCUCGAGGAAAUCACGUAUGAAUAAAAAAGCGAAAGAGACUGAGAUGGCGAAGAAAGCGAUCGAACUGGAACGGGACAAUAAGACAUUGAAGAUAAAAGUCGGGGAGCUCGAAAAACUUGUAAUGUCAAUGCGCAGUGCGUUAUUGAAGUCCGCUUUGAAGAAAGAAUUCUAAAAAGCGUUUCUUGUACUUGUUCAUUGUGCGCUGGGUAUCGCGCAAAAUGAUGUACUU